AGACCGACUGGACUGAACCAGCUGCUGCUCCUGAUCCGAGCCCUGUGAUGGGUGAGCGGCCCACCCACGCCAACAGCCUCUUCCUGAACGAGGAGUCCUCCAAGGGGCUGGGAUCCGGAAGCCGGAUGCACCGGCUCCGCCUGGCCGUGGAGAAGCGCGCGGCGCGGGCGCGGAAUCGGAUGUAUGGCGUCACCUGGGAGGGCUUCCGGGGCUGCCUGCAGAGGAAUGCCUUUGUGGUGCUGACCAUCUCAGCGGUCCUGCUCGGGAUCACGCUGGGCCUCGCGCUCCGGCCUUACCGGAUGACCCACCGCCAGAUAAAGUACUUCUCCUUCCCCGGAGAGCUGCUGAUGCGGAUGCUGCAGAUGCUGGUGCUGCCCCUCAUUGUUUCCAGCCUCAUCACAGGCAUGGCCUCGCUGGACAGCGGCGCCUCCGGCAAGAUGGGCCUGCGCGCCGUUGUGUACUACAUGGCGACGACCAUCAUCGCUGUCUUCAUCGGGAUCUUCAUGGUCCUCAUCAUCCACCCCGGCAAGGGCAGCAAGGAGACGCUCGGCCGGGCCGGGCAGAUUGAGCCCGUCCACACCACGGACGCCUUCAUGGACCUGAUCCGGAACAUGUUCCCCCCGAAUCUCGUGGAAGCCUGCUUCAGACAGUACAAGACCCAGUACAGCCUCCGCGUCGUCAACCGCACCGUCCUGAGGAGCGGGCCUGGCCCAGCCCCGCCGCCCGAGCUCUUGCCCCGCAACAGCAGCGGCCCCGGGAACAGCACCCUCGCGCCGUCCCUGCUGCUCGAGAACGCCACGGCCGUCUGGCACAACGUCACCCAGGCGCUGGGCAGCCUGCCAGAGGUGCUGAGCUUCGAGGAGGUCAUCCCGGGCCCGGGCUCCGUCAACGGGGUGAACGCACUGGGGCUGGUGGUCUUCUCCGUCUGCUUCGGGCUGGUGGUCGGCAGCAUGAAGCAGAGAGGGCAGGCCCUGCGGGAGUUCUUCGACUGCCUGAACGAGGCCAUCCUGCGGCUCGUGGCCAUCAUCAUCUGGUAUGCGCCGGUUGGGAUCCUGUUCCUGGUGGCCGGCAAGAUCCUGGAGAUGGAGGACCUGGCGGUGAUGGGGGGCCAGCUGGGCAUGUACACGCUCACCGUCCUCGUGGGGCUACUGGUCCACGGCCUCUGCGUGCUGCCCCUGAUCUACUUCGCCGUCACGCACAAGAACCCCUGGGCGUUCAUGGUCGGCCUGCUGCAGGCGCUCGUCACGGCCCUGGGCACCUCUUCCAGCUCAGCCACUCUUCCCGUCACGUUCCGAUGCCUGGAGGAAAACAACGGGGUGGACAAGAGGGUCACCCGGUUCGUUCUGCCUGUGGGAGCCACGAUCAACAUGGAUGGCACUGCACUGUACGAAGCCCUGGCCGCCAUCUUCAUCGCGCAGGUGAACAACUACGAACUGGACUUUGGGCAGAUCAUCACGAUAAGCAUCACAGCCACCGCAGCCAGCAUCGGGGCUGCCGGCAUCCCGCAAGCUGGGCUGGUGACGAUGGUGAUCGUGCUGACGUCCGUGGGGCUGCCGACAGAGGACAUCACACUAAUAAUGGCUGUCGACUGGUUCCUGGACCGUCUCAGGACUACCGUCAACGUGCUGGGGGACUCUCUGGGGGCCGGUGUCGUUGAGCACUUGUCCCGGCACGAGCUGGAAAUCCAAGAUGCAGAGCUCAGCAAUUCGGUCAUCGAGGAGAACGAGAAGCCCUACCACCUGAUCUACCCCGAGAACGAUGGUCGCAAGCACCGCAGCAGCGAGACCUCGAUGUGACCACCGGGGGAACGUCCUGUCCCACCCACGCCCCGAUCGGUAGAAACGCUGCAGCUGUGAAAUGCCGAGAGCCAAAGAAAGAAAGA